AUGGCUUCCAAUACUCGCCAGAACGUGACGUGGGUUGAGGGUGUUCGGGGAGUUGCUUCCUUCUGGGUCGUUGUAACACACCUGUGCAGAGCAUGGGAUUACAGCCUCUGGUCUCCACGCAAUAGCGAGGAUGCCAUACCUCAAUUGCUUCAGCUACCGUUCCUCCGGCUACCAUGGCAAGGACGAAUCGGAGUUACGAUGUUUGCCUUCCUCACCGGUUACGUCUGCGCUAUCAAACCACUUCGACAAGCAAAGUCCGGCAACAUUCCAGCCGCUUUGACCACUCUUGGAAAAUCGGCUUUCCGCCGACCACCGCGGUUGAUCAUGCCCGCUACAAUUGCUUUGGUGAUUGCAUGGUUAUUUGCCCAACUAGGAGCAUUUGAAGUUGCUUACCGUAGUGACUCCCACUGGUUGAGGCGUGCUGUUCCCCAGAACAUUGGCAGCCUUGACACCGAGAUCCCUCGUCUGUUCAGGAACUUCCAGGGUGCUUGGUCUGGCGCCAACAACGAGUACGAUGACCACCAGUGGGCGCUGCUCCCUUUGCUCCAGGGUGCUUUCCUGAUCUACGUACUCCUUUUCGCGACUGUCUUCAUGAAGUUCCGCAUGCGUUUGUUUACCUGCGUUGUCCUGUUUUGGUGGUACUGGAUGCGAACAAGCCCCGAGAAGGAAACUUUCGAAUGCCAGUUCCUCUACGGUGUUAUGCUCUGCGACAUUGGUUCCGAGAAGGGCUUCCGCGACUUCGUCAACAGCUACCCCAGAGUCCGCCGAGCUGCUCUGACAACACUUAUUGUCGUUGGCUGGUACGUUGCCUGCUUCCCGGGAGAGCACUGGGAGUGGGCCAGCUGGUCCAUUCAGCUCAAGAACAUGGGCGACUGGAUCAUUCCUGAGGGCGCCGCGAGCUACCCUAAGCGCUUCACAGCUAUCGGUUGGGAUCUUAUGGUCACUGGAAUCUGGCUGUCGCCUAGCCUGCAGAGCAUGUUCUCGAACAAGCUGUUCAUGUGGGUCGGCCGCAACAGCUUCGCAGUCUAUCUUACCCACGGAACCGUUCUGAAGGUUGGCCUCGCACGAUUGAUCUACGGAUGGUCAACCGCACCCUACCGCGUCGAGCAGCCUGCAAACGGUGAGGGAGACGCCAUCGAGCACUACAUCCCUCGGUCACAGAACUGGCUGGUGUGGGCUCUUGCCAUUCCCACGUUCUUCGCUGUCGAAUACACGAUCGCCCACCUGUGGACUACCUAUGUCGACUCGCAAUGCGCCAAGGCUACAAAGUGGCUCGAAGAGACCAUGUUCGAGAAAGAGGAAGAUGAGAAGCACGGUGUGGCAAACAUGGCAUAG